AUGCGCGAAUCAGUGAAGAGAGUGAAGAAUUCAGUUCAAGUAACCUUGACAGACACCCAACGCAAGCCAAAAGCAACCUUGAAAGACACCCAACGCAAGCCAAAAGCAACCUUGAAAGACAUCGAACGCAAGCCAAAAGCAACCUUGAAAGACACCCAACACAAGCCAAAAGCAACCUUGAAAGACACCCAACACAAGCCAAAAGCAACCUUGAAAGACACCCAACGCAAGCCAAAAGCAACCUUGAAAGACACCCAACACAAGCCAAAAGCAACCUUGAAAGACAUCGAACGCAAGCCAAAAGCAACCUUGAAAGACACCCAACGCAAGCCGAGCGCAGGCACGAAGCAGUGCCGGCGCAAGCCACAAGCAAACCCGAUCGAGAUAAAACUCAAACCAAGACAAGCCCUCCCCAAGGCAGCUAUGAACACGCCCUUCCAGCUGGCAUUUCCUCCCUGCAGCCCAACAACAGUCGAUUCAAUGAAAGCUAAUUCAAUAAAGCGCCAAAAGAGAGCUCUGGGACAGCCAGACACUCAGGCUAGAAUAGUUAAAUGUUAG